AUGAAGAGAAAAGGGGCAAGAUCAAAGGCCGACGCUAAAUCCUCUGUCGCACAACAACAAGAAGAUGUUCAAAUUGAACAAAUUAACAAUAACGAUAACGAAGGUGAUGAAGGAGGAGGAGGAGGAGGAGGAGGAUUCUUCGCUUGCUACCUCUUGACCUCUCUGAGUCCUCGUUUCAAAGGCCACACCUACAUAGGAUUUACGGUGAAUCCGCGGCGGCGGAUCAGGCAACACAAUGGUGAAAUUGGGAGUGGAGCUUGGAGAACCAAAAGUAAGCGUCCUUGGGAGAUGGUUUUGUGUAUAUAUGGCUUCCCAACAAAUGUGUCUGCUCUUCAGUUUGAAUGGGCUUGGCAGCACCCUAUUGAAUCAUUGGCUGUAAGAAAAGCAGCUGUUGAAUUUAAAUCCCUCUCAGGAGUUGCCAAUAAGAUCAAACUUGCAUACACAAUGCUUACCCUUCCUUCCUGGGAGAGCAUGGAUAUGACAGUGAACUUCUUCUCCACCAAAUAUAUGAAACAUUGCGCUGGUUGCCCAAACUUGCCGCAGCACAUGACAGUUGAGAUUGGCUCAAUGGAUGAACUUCCGUGUUAUACUGAAAGAAUCGACGGUUUGUUAGAGAAUGAAGAUGAUAGUACCAAUGAAGUGGAAUUUGAUGAUAACAAUGUUAGCACAAGCGCUUCUGUUCCAGAUGCAAUUGAUGAUUCUAUAACUCCUGAUUCGCCAAAAAAUCCAAGUCACGGGGACAACAUUGGUGAACCAUUUGGGUGGAACAAAGAAUCUGAAGCGACAGAACUACCGGGUCAUUCGCUCUCUUCACGAGAGCAUAGUGAACCAUUUGAUUCAAUCUCAUCGCCGAAGGAAAAAGCAUCAUCGGCAACUUUGUCCAAAAGAGGAGUGAUUGAGGAAACAAAUUUCAUAAGUUCAACGAAAAAGACUAAUGCUGAGUCAAGUAAAACAGAUUCUGAACAACUAGGUGCAUUCUUUGUGCCCCAUCAAGCUGAUAUAAUUGAUCUGUCCACGCCUUCUCCUAGAUGUAGAAACGAUAUAGAUAGGAAGAAGAGAAGAGUUUCGUCCACAGUUAGUUCGGAGUUUAUUGACUUAACAAUGUCCCCUAACUUCAUCCAACUGUGA